CAAUGAACUCCGAUCUUCACUGAGUGGGAAAGGAAAGCGUUGCGUGAUGGAUUCUAACGCAACGCAAAACUGGAAAUACUCAAUCCUCUACUUCUCCUUCGUCCUCGCAAUUCUGCACCUUACUCAAACCCAUUUUUCAGCUAAACUUUUCCUUGCCAACCCAACUGUGCGCAUCAAGAAGACCCCUCACCUCCCUCUACGCUUUCGUUCGGACGGUACCUUCAAAAUUCUCCAGGUUGCUGAUAUGCAUUAUGGUAGUGGAAGCAUAACGCGGUGCAGGGACGUGUUGGCUUCUGAGUUCGAGUUUUGUUCCGAUCUUAACACCACUCGAUUUUUGAAGCGCAUCAUUCAGGCUGAGAAUCCUGAUUUUAUUGCCUUUACUGGAGAUAAUAUAUUUGGAUCAAGUACAGUUGAUGCUGCAGAAUCUCUGUUUAAAGCCUUUGGUCCUGCUAUGGAAUCUGGACUUCCUUGGGCAGCCGUAUUGGGAAACCACGACCAAGAAUCAACUAUGAAUCGUGAAGAAUUAAUGUCCUUAAUCUCCCUUAUGGAUUAUUCUGUCUCACAAAUCAAUCCAUCAGACGAUGAUCUCACUAAUCCUACUAAAGGUGGCAAAAUGACUAAAAUUGAUGGCUUUGGGAAUUAUAACCUAAGAGUGUACGGUGCCCCAGGUUCCAUGCUGGCAAACAGCACUGUUUUGAAUCUUUUCUUUCUUGACAGUGGAGACAGGGCUGUUUAUCAGGGAAUUCGAACUUAUGGAUGGAUCAAGGACUCUCAACUUCAAUGGCUGCGCCGUGUUUCUGAAGAAUUCCAGGGACAAAAGGUGGAUCCUCUUCAUCCUACUGAUGCUAUUUCUACACCACCAGCACUGGCAUUUUUCCAUAUCCCAAUCCCAGAAAUUCCACAGCUCUUCUACAAGGAGAUCGUAGGCCAGUUUCAGGAGGCUGUGGCAUGCUCUCGAAUGAACUCAGGGGUCUUGCAGACCUUUGUCUCCAUGGGAGAUGUGAAGUCUGUGUUCAUAGGCCACGACCACACCAAUGACUUCUGUGGAAACUUAGAUGGCAUAUGGUUUUGUUAUGGUGGUGGCUUUGGAUAUCAUGGGUAUGGCAAGGCUGGGUGGCCAAGGAGAGCAAGGAUUAUACUGGCUGAACUUCAGAAAGGAAAAGGGUCCUGGUUGGACGUGCAAAGAAUCAUGACUUGGAAACGCCUUGAUGAUGAGAAGCUGAGCAAGAUUGAUAAGCAAAUCCUAUGGCAGUCUAGAUGACCGUGCUACUAUAACAAUACUGCCGUUACAUACACAAGAUCCAGAUUGUCUUCGUGUUGUUUACGGUAUCAGGAGUAAUGCCUCAUUUUUUGUAUCAAUUUGAUUGUUGUUAUUCCACAUCCUUCUUGCAUUUGGGGUUUAAUACUGUCCUAAGCACUCAUUGAUUCGGUAGUGACUGUCAGAGUCUGUAAAUUAUAUC